AUGGAAAACAAGAAAGGGGCCUUUCCGAAUCAUACCCCUAACCAUGUUCCCCAAAGCAACGAACCCCUUCCGAAUGAAUCGCUCCCCAAACAUCCCCACCAGCACAACACGGCACCCCAGCACCUCAGAUACCUACAGUACGGCCUGAAAAUCCCCAACAAUCACCAGCACCCUCAACAAUUCCAACAACUCAACUCGCCUAUUCAUUUACAUCCCCAUAUCCACACCCAACAGCUUCAGUACAGGCUCCAAGCGUCCCCGCAGUUCAAUAACUACCCCAACCAGGAGUAUGCCCCCCAUCAACAUCAGAAGGUCAAUAACCUUCAAAACCAACCCAUAUACCAGACCACCCAACCCCCACCUUCUGCUGGGCAUGCGCACAACCCGAUGGGGCAAAACACGCCCCAAAUCUGGGUGCCGCACCAACCCCCUCCCAUACAUUAUCAUCAACAGCAGCUCCAGAAAGCUGAGGCUCAGAAACCUAGCAAUCCUACUCCUCCAGUUCAGGGAAAGUCCAAGGAAGUUUUGGAAAGGAAAAAGUCUACUGGAAGCGUACAGUUGAGGUCUCCAUCUGCUAAGCGGCCGCUCGAGGCACCUGUGACUAUGCAGGGUUGGUUGCAUAAGCAGGGUUCUGAAGGGUUAAUGCUGUGGAAGAAACGCUGGUUCGUUUUGUCAGAGUAUUGCCUCUUUUAUUACAAGGGAUUAGAGGAAGAAAAAUUGCUGGGUUCAAUUUUACUUCCGUCCUACAAGGUGUCGAUCUGUAAGCCCGAAGAAAAAAUUGGCAAAAAAUAUGCAUUCAAAUGCGAACACGCCAAUAUGCGAACAUACGUAUUGGCAGCAGAUUCGCAAGAGCUCAUGAUGCAGUGGGUGAGAGUGCUCAACAUGGCCUGCAUGCUUCAAACGAAUAAUGAGAAUGAACAGCGUCUUGUGAAGGCUGUUGAUAAUAUCCAACAAACCAAACCUACUGAUACUCCAGAACAGAACAACUCUCGAACUCAAAUAUACAACAAGCCGUCCAAUCUGAAAAUUACUCAUUCCCAAACACAUUCACCCAACAAUAUGCUAAAUGCGAGUCCUCAAGAACAAAGUCAAUACAAUCAACCACUGUAUGCCAAUGCUCCUCCGAAACCAAGAAGAUUGAAUGAUGGAUACUCUUCCCCAAGCCCAGAUAUAAUAGAUAGGUACAACCCCCAGUAUAUCGAACCAAUGAACAUCAGCAAAUCCCCUGUGAAUAUUUAUGGCAAUAGUGUUGGUGUGUACGGUACAAAAGAUAGCCCAAGGGAGUAUAUGUUCACUCCCACUGGGGAGAUUCAUGUACAUAGUGUCGAACGGAGGACUCCUGAUACCUAUGGAAGGUCCAAGCUAACCCCGAAUAGGUACAGACAACCUACAGACUAUGAAGAUGUAUACGCAGAGCAGAGCAUGUAUAAAAGACCGCUGAGUCCAGUGGCGUACACGCAUGUUAUGAAGAAGACUAACCCACCAACACCUUUGAGUCCGGCCUACCGAGCUUACACACCUGUCAACAUGAUGGGUCCAAUGGAUAUGCUCCAGUACCCACUAGUCAAAAUACGAAAACUGCCUAAUGCGAACAUCGCCAGACCACACAGUGCCGAUUUUCUGGAAUACGAAAUCAAUCAUCGACAAUCGAAUACGGCUGCGCUCAACAGGCAGCAGCCUAGGCCUAAGUCUAGUCUAGACAUCAACAGGAACGCGAACGACAGCGAUAACUACUUCUACUCGGAGGAGUUGUAUGCCGAGAAGAUGCGGAAAUCUGCACAGUACCUGCAGAAAAUGCCUAAUAGGUAUAAGACUGAUGUUAAUGCUAGAACAAAUGCUUCGGCUAGGUACCCAGAACAUGAUAACACCUUUCCUCUUAUUCGGUCAAGCACACAACCUGUUAAUUUCAACAAGUUACACAUCCCCGAUACUCCUGAGCCACAACCAAUGAGAAGCAGGAGUGUUUUGAGUGAAGGUUCUUUGUCCAAGGAAGUUGAUAUGGAUUAUUGUUCACAUCAGGAGUCGGUUAGUCCUGACUAUGCUAGGAGGGAGAUGUUCGGUACGAAUCCAAGGAGUAGGGACUGCGAUCAGUUCACUAGAUCAGCUAGUGCCAGAUUGGCUCAGAAUACUCCCCAAAUGGAUAGACCAGCAGUUGAUAAAAGAAGUAUGAUCAGAGAAGGAGAAAGGAAGAGAGAAGAAUCAAUGAGAAGAUUAUUGGAGUGGAAACAAAGGAUGUUACAAUCUCCUCUGAACAGGAAGUUACAAGGAAACAAGGGCUACCCAGGAAAUCAUAUGAAUCAAGAAAAUGAUUACAAAUUCCAUAUGCACCCAAAACAUGGUGAACAUUACUUAGAUGAACGACACUGCCGGAGAAACUUACCUCAGUAUAACAGUUAUUCCUCAGAUGAUGAAGAAAAUGAGGAGAGAAGAAAGGAAAUUGUGCAAUCACAGGCAGGACGGACCUUGGACAAUUACCCUGAGUUACCUACACCUGCACAAACCACUUCUACCACUGUACUUAGUACCUUCGCUGAACCUGAAAAGCCUUUCACACACUCUAACCUAUUGCAUGAUGCACCGUACACCAAUGUUUAUGUUGAUAAACAUAGUGAAGAAGAAACAAGCAAAGAUAAGAAUGAUAACUCUUUCGCAAAACCACAGUUCAGCAAAGAAUCUUCCGAUAUUGCACAAGUUUCUCAUCUCCAAUCUGAAUAUUCCGAAAAGUUCGAAUCGACACCUCCCAUAACAGAAAUGAAGAGCAACGGAGCAUUAGUUAUGUCCAUCUUAGCAGAUUUCGAAAAGAAAUCUAACGUUAACAAAGAAUCCGAAUCUGACAUGAUAACAAUUACAAUAGAGGAAAACUACAUGCCAAUGUCACCAAAGAGGAGUGUUUUAAGCCCAAGAAGCAGUACCAACAGUAUUGAAGAAACAUUGUUCAAUGAAUCAGAAACUGAUGAAAACCAUUACGUAGAAAUGACUCAGAAUGCAGGAGCAUCUAUAUUGAGUCCCACUUCUGAAUCUAAUCAAAUCGAACAACAGCCUUAUGAAUUGGUAUGCUUUAAUGGAGGGAAACUCGAACCAGUAUACAUGGAGCUCAAGAACCCAGAAGGAAAAUCAAACAAUGGCCAAGAACUACCAGACAUAUUGAUGGCCUCUAAAAGGAAUACAAGUGCUAACAAGUCUGACAGUUCAGAUGCUGAUGAUGAAGCUUCCAAAGAUCUGGAUUCUUUAGAUACACCUAGCCAUCCUAGAUUCAGUCUGUCAGACUCAUUUAGACCAGCAUCCUACUAUCUAGGUGCUGCACAGACCGCGCCUGAGUUUCAUGACAGCUCAGACAGUGAAUUGGUUUCCCCUCCUCCUAUUCCAUCUUCUCCACCACCUUUGGAUGAUCUUGACAAUAUUGAGGAAUACAAUUUCCUGAAGGGGCAAAAUAAGAAAGACGAGACAUACCGAUUCAAUUUGCUGACAAGAUCAGCACAGCAUAGAAAUUCUGAUCAAUUCUUCAAUAGUAAUAAUAAAUAUGCGAAGAAAUCUGCUCAUGUCAGUUGUAGGCGCGAGAAAGGCAGUUCUUUAUCGUUGGAUAUAAAUAAGCCUUCCGUGUCUUUGUCUGAUAAAUAUUUUGAUGAAAAUAAACUUCGUGUGAGUGUACUUUCUACAAAUAGCGAUUCUGAUAUAGAACUUCGUCAAAAAACUGCGAAUUAUGAAACAAUGUUGAAAAGAAGGCCUGUUUCAGAAGAUGUCUGUACCGAGUUGGAAUCUUUAGAUGGUACAUUGAUGUCAGAGUGUAUUCAGAAUGUAGAACUAGAAAGAUACUUUGACGACAUGCAGAUCAGAAAUCUGAGUAUCGCUAGUAAUGAUGAUUCACGUUCAAAUAGUGCUGCUCAUCAAGUGUGCUUUCCCGAAUAUGAAAAUUUGCUGAUCACUGCAACUUCAGUUCAUAAUACAAGCACUGAGUUGAAUUACACACAAAGAGAUGAAAGUACUAGAAGGUCCGUUCAUUCUGGGGGCAGACCUGAAAGUAGUACUUCAACUUUAGCAGAAAUUAGCAGUAUUUUACAGAAUUCCAACAGGUCUACUCCUAUCAUUGACGUAAGUACAUCAAAUACGAUUUGCCAAAUAUCGGCACCUUAUUACUAUUCUGAUUUAUCGAUAAACAUGUUGAACAAUGAAUGUAGUUCCUCUAUGCUGACAUUGAACAACCAAAGAGAAACGAUCAACGGGAGUAAGCGAGACAUAACCCAUAUUAUAAACCCAAUAAAAAGUGAAACACAAGAUUCAAACCAACGAAGGUCUGAUAUAGAACAAAAUACUUUCAAACUUGCUGCUGAAGCAAGAUCAGUUUCAGUUGAUUUUCUCAACUUAACUGACAAAUCUGGGAACAUCGAUCAAAAGAAUAUCUACGAGUCUGAUACAUUGAAAAGACACAAAGUUUCCGACUUGUUGGAUCCAAAAGCUAGAAACUAUUACCCAGUGCAAAAAACUGAUAAAUUCACUUUGAGUGAUGUGUUAAUAUCAAGUGAGACAAGAGUACGUAGAUCCCAUUCACUCGAGGGAUUGAUAGAAAAUGUCUUCCACGAUAGUAUUGAACCAAGUCAAGUUCCGGAGGAUGUAACUGAAGAAAACCAAACUGACAUUUUGGCAUCGGAAGGUAGUUACCUGUGGGAAGAAGAUUCGAUAUGGAGAGAAAGGUUAAGAACAGCAAGUCAAAGACAUACAAAGUCGAUGGAGGAUCUGGACAGUAUUGGUGACACUAAGAAGAAACAGAAAUCGCCAAGGGGAAUAACCCGAGGUGUGACCUACGUGAAUGAUAAUUUCAUCAAACUCGAUAAACAUCAAAAAGACUUGGAGAACCAGAAAACCGUUAAGAGUAGUGAAAAUGAGAUUCGAAAAGAAGGCAGCUUCAUUAUCGAUAGGGAAAAGUUGAGACAAUGGGAUCUCCUUUCCAGUGCCCCUUCUGAUGAUCAGUUGUCUGCUCUCACGGCUACACAGGUCGAAGGUAGUAACAUAGUGGUAGAAAUAGGUGAAGGGAAUUGUGAUUCGACCGAUAUAAACGACACACAAGAAACAGCAUCUGGUUCAAUUUCGAUAAAUACAAGAGACAUGUCUCAGCUGAACAGCAGAGAUACUUUUCCGAGAGCAAUAUCUGCGAAGAAGAUAUGGACACCAAGCACACACAUGGAGUCACGUUCAGUGACGAAUUUAUGUAGGAAUCCAGAGAAGGAACAAUAUGGGUUAUCGAAUCCUCAAGUUCAUUAUACAAAUAAGAAUUCUAGUCAUGGAGAUCCAAAUCCAGAUUCAAGAAAGGAUAAUUGGCCCACAAAUGAUAAAAUGAGCGUUUCAGCUGGCGAGUUACUUGGUAGAACUCACGAGGAGUUGGUCUUGUUGUUAAUCCAGUUGCGCAGACAGAGUUCUCAAACUCUGCAAGCUAUCGAAAAUUGUUACAAUGAAAUUGAUUCAAUACAGGCUCAAUUAAAUAUGAUGAUGGAUCAAGCUAGAAGAAUGGAAAAUUUACAAAAACUGGAUCAGAUAAAGCAACACCUGUUGGAUUUAGAAAAACAGUAUGAGAAAGGGAAACCACUAGUGAAUCUAGUAGACAACAUGGUGAAGUUGGGCUCUCUAUACAGAGUACCAAAUGACAGAGCUAACCCUUCUCCUGGCAUACGAGACAGGCUAGAAUUUAACCAACAAAUCCAAGAACGAAGAAUGCUAGCUGAAGAAAAAAGAGACUGGAAUAGACUGAAGCCCAACCACUUCCAUUUGCAAGAGAAAGUCCAACAACUUUAUCAACUAGAUAGGUUGAUCCACGAAGAAUCAGGUACCCUGCAAAACCUCCAGCAAGACAAGGAAGAUAUUGAACGGGCUUUGGGAGGCCUAAGGCAUCGCUUGAGCAAAGGCUUCAAGAGUCCUGCAGAAGUGGAACAUGCUAGAAAACAGCAGAUCAUGCUGGAAAAUGAACUGAGUAGGGUGCAUAUAAUGCUGGCUCAGAAUUCGAAAAAACUGGAAGAAACCGUGGCUGGAAACGCUAGGUUGGAACAAGAAUUGUUGGUUCUCAAACAGAAAUUGCAAGGUUCCAGACAACAGAGGAGUUCUCAACAAUAUUCCAAUGCUGGAGACAGCCUAACAUGCACAAUGGGGAACAGUGCCAUGCUGGAAUCAGACUUACAGAGAGUCCAGAAGAAAAUAGGUGAUCUUCAAAAGCAGCGUCAAGAACUGAGUAUACAGGUUAGGCAGCUGACUGAUCGUUCUAGCAAUGUACCUCAGCAUAAGUCUCCUCCAUCCAGUACAAUACAAAAUAGUCAAUGUAACAAAAAGAAAAUACCGUCACUAUGGAGAGAAACCGAUUUGGAUACAAUGAGCAUCAUCGAUCAUGGAGAAACGUGGGAAAGCUCUGUCGCUGUAAAUUCGUCUACUAGUCCUUUGUACAUAAACACAGAAAUGAAACUGGGCGAUUCAGACUUUUACAACCGUAGUGUCAGAUCUACAGACUCGACAAGUGACAACACAUCAGUCAGUUCAAAUAUACCCCAAGAAAAACAAGAAAUAAAAACAGUGAGGAUCGUCAAACGAGAAUCUGAGAGGAGACAGCGAGACAGAGAGAAAAUGACACCAGGAAAAUGGGAUGCGCUUCAAGAAGAAGAUGAUUCGUCGCAAAGUUCGAGCGUACUAUUCAGGCCUACACCUGUUCAGAAAGUUCAAAGCGCUACUUCGCUAGUAUCCCCUACUUUCGAGGAAGAGCAGAAUAUACUUGCUGCUAACCCACAUGCUGUGUCGAGUCCUAAUUUACCCCAAUUCGUUGAACGCGAAGGGGCUUCAAGUACAGAUGUCAGCACCGAUAAAUCCCCUGAGCUAUCUCCUGUGUUCAAGAGCGAAGCAGCACGUCAAAUUAUAACCGAAAUGUCAAUUCACGAUACCCCUAAACAGAACAAUCGCAGAGCUGUACCUAAGGAGAAACGCAGACAUUACACCGCACCCCACAAUCACAUGAUUAUGAAAAGCUUGCACCACUUACCCACGGACAAUGAUGCUUUCAAUAAGAUGGUCCUGAAUACUCGUAGGGCUAGGGAUGAUAUGGACAUGGAACGAGCCCUGCGGCAGAGGAUCGAUGCGCCUGAUGUAGUUAGAUCGACUUUAAGCAACAAAGAACUGAAGUAUAACGAAAACACCAUUGAUAGCCUUCUGGGCACCCCCAAUAAGAUUAAUAUCCCCGAGAGGUAUAUUCCUGAGCAGUUGCCUCAACUUUCGGCGGAGGAGCAAGAAUAUCGACUGAGGAAAGUCGAGUCAAUUAAGAAAAUGCUCUCUGACAGUGCUAUCCUUGGCACCAGCUCCACCAACUUGAAUGGGGAUGACAAAGAAACUGAAAAAUCACCAAGUAGCAUAACCAAUAAGGCGACAAGCAAAAUGAUCGAAGAAAAAAGGCAGAGGGAGCAUCUUCUCCAGCUCAAUCAAAUAUUGGCUAAGCAAGUUAUGGAAAUGAGUAAAAUUGUUGCAGGUAUCAACAAUUCUGAUGAGAAAACAUAG